AUGAGGAACUGGUACACCGGUCUUAGAGCACUUGACCGAGUACUUCGGCGCGACGCUUCUGUCCCGUUUAAUGUGCAACUUUACGUCAUGAAGGCCUGGUCUGCAGAAUACACAGAUGCAUUCGAGAAGGUCCUCACUAGGCAGCAGGUUGUUUUUUUUCACUCCGAUUAUGUGGAUAGAACAGCUGCUCAUAUCCGCUGA